UUCUUGUUGUCUUUGUCUCUGCUUGGCUCUCUUUGCUUGGUUCUUUCUACUUGGUUUUAAGCAGCUACGUAUUGAGGAUAUACUAGUUAUCUGUAGUCUAACAAUGGUAUGGAGUAGGUGUGGUUGCGGUAGACACUACACUGGCGAAAGCUGGUGUAGAUGUUUCUUGUUGUCUCUGUCUCUGGUUUGUUUUCUGGCAAGUACCUUAUCUAUUUCAAAAACGCGUUUGCUGAUGUUUCUGCUUUCUCUAGGUUUUUCUCUCUAUUUGUUUGGUUUUGUCUACUGGUGUCUCUCUCUCCAUGGCUUUCAGUGUUCGAUCCUAAUUGUUGGCCUGUUAUAGCCGAUGAUUUACUUUCCUAUCUUACUGCCCCGAGAGUAAGAUAGAGG